CUGUCUUUCUGUACUCUCCUCAAAAGAAGAAAAGACGGGACAAGUCUGAUGCCUUCUCACCUCUCUGCGACGACGUUCGGCCUCCGUCUCCAUCGUGUGCCCCUCUCUCUGCUCCCGACCUUCCGUCUUCGAGCGACGCUCGGUCGUUGUCUCUCGCAUUUGUCCAAGAAACUGCAUUGCUUCCCGGCUUGCCGGCCCAAGCAACGUACGCGCUGUCUCUCCCUCUCCAAUUUCGCAGAGACCACCCCGCGGCCUUGCUUUCUCCCUUCCUCCCGCCGGAAACAGACACACGGAAGAGGAGAAAAUGUGUAGAGCCGCUGCCCGCAUGUCGACUCGCCGCUGCGUCUCUCAUGCUCCCCAGCACAGGAACGACGGCUGAAUGUACACCCGACAACGCAGCGGCUCUCGUGUCCCACUGUGACAGGAUCCCGUGAACUUCUUCGUUUCUUUUGGAAAACCCUACGGCGAACGCAGGGUGGAGACUAAAAAAAAGCUGGAGAACACCCGUGGUCGCAUGCUUCUCUUCCUCCGAGACCACGAAACGCCUCACAGUCUCGACAAGAGGAAACAGUUACAUGUCUGCCUGUUUGCAUGCAUUCAAAACGAAGCUACUGUAUGUAUGUGUAAUAUAUAUAUAUAUAUAUAUGUACGCAUUCGUUGCAGACACACACAAACCGCAUGCAUGCGUUUUCCCUGUCCGAAAACUCCAGUGAGCGAUAGAGAAAACAGAAGCCUGCAGCCUUCUUUCCUGUCUGCCUCACGUCUCACGAGGUGUACCCUCGGUUUCGCCGUCUUGACUACGUGAGCCCGUUUCUUUCCUCCGCGUAUUUCCGUCCAACUUUCUUUUUCCUCUCUCUCUGCAUCUUAUGUCUAUCUUUUCCUUUCCUCUUGCGCGACACGCCUCCUGUGUGACCUCUUUUUCCCACAGACGCAAUGCUGCGUCCGCUGUCGUUACAGCCCACGCGGCAGCUCGCCGCGAAAGGGCCGACUUGUGUGAGCUGCGAGGUUCGCUCUUCGCUGAUCUCCUGUGGAAAAGCGAGUUCGGUUUCUGAAGGUCGAGACUCCCCGGCAGAGCCCCUCCCGCGCCUGCUCUGUUUUUCAUUUCCUCGUUUGUCGCCUCGCACAGCGUCUUCGGCUCUCUCGCAUCGUGUUCCCUUAUGCUGUUGCACUCCUUCGUCUAUUUUGUCUCUCUCUGCUUCUCCGCUUCACCCUGUCUCCUUCUUCUCUGCCGUCUGUGCCGACGUCCGAGAGGUGGCGAGGGCGCAGACGCGGCUGCUGCGUGCCUUUGCUUCCUCGCGAGAAACUUCGUUGAAAAAGGGGAAGAAGACACCCGCGGGCCUCUCUGGUCACCGAGCAGACUCUGCCGAGACAGCGCAGGCGGAGGAAAGAUGGACACUCGGAUCUUCUCCUUCCUCUACUUCUUCCCUUUCUUCCGACUCUUCUGCCUCAUCUUCCGCUUCUUCGUUCUUGUCUCGCAGUUCCGCGGCAAGGAAGCAAGCAGCUGCGAGAGUUAAGGAGGUCUCGUCGAAGCGGGCAGAAGACGGCGAGGAGCAACCUGACGCUCUGCCGCGUCCCCCCGCCGGGGCGACUAAGAAGGCCGCCGCCCGCGUCGCUCUCACAGAGUCAGAAGAAGCAUGCGGAGUAGAGGCGGACGAGGAAGGAGACAGUUCUGGCGGCGGCGGCGCCUUUGCGGAGGGCGGAUGCUCCAAGGAGACAGAGGAGUCUGCGACCUCCGCUCGUGGAAGGCCGAAAGUGGCCUGCGUAAAAGCUGCCCAGGAGUCGCGAUCGGAGACUGUCGAGACACCGGAACGCAGCGGAGACCGCUCGUCGGGUGUAUCGACACCUCGAGGCUCUUCUGUGCCCUCAAGCGCGACUGCUCUGCCUCCUCUGAGCGCCGCGCUGACCGAAUCGCAGACAGCUGCGGUCGUGCCCGAGGGAUUUUCUCCGGAGCCCGCAGUUGCGUCUUCCGUGUUCUUCGAGGAAGACGACAGCGUGUAUAGACAGUUCGCGUGCAUGCGCCGCGUCCGCGAAGAACCGAGACUCCGCACCGCGCUGGAGAGUUUUAAAGUGGCUUCCAAGAACGCGACGAAGACUCGCGGCAGAGCCUGGAGCGUCUACGAAGGCUGGCCGCCUCGCUCUCGCGUACGCGUCGGAGACGAAUACUCAAAGGUUGGGCCUCUGCAGCGGCGCGCCUUUGUGUUCAACCGCGUGGACGGAACGGGGCGUCGGCGCGAACCAACUCUCGCGUUCUGCUGCGGGAACAAGCCUGUGCUGCUGCUGAGUGAAGCCGAGUUCGAAGCGCUUGUCAAGAAACUACCUUGGAUCAAACACGAAAUGGCCGAGUUCAAGAAGCUCCUGUAAAGAGACGCGCGGGCCGGGGAACGAACGGAAGAGUGAAGAAGUGAAGAGAACGUGAGGAGAGAGCAAGAGCGGAACGACGGAGAAGAAAAAGGGAGGACGACACGCGGCGGAGAGGGGAGGAAAGGAAGGUUUGAAGAAGGAGAGAGAACGAGAAAUCAAGCAACGAAGAAGACGUGAGAUUGCAGCUGCGAUCGCGAUUGCACGACGAGAAAGGAGAGAGACAGAGGAGAGGGAAGAAAUGAGAGAGUUAGAAGACAAGGGGGAGGAGAGGUAGAGAGCUCUGCUUUUUCCGCCGGCAACGUUUCUCGCAUCUUCUCUGAAAACGUCCAGAAUGCCACCGAGCAUCCGGUCGACGACGUCGAAACGAGAAGAGGCCGAGAUCAGAGAAGCAAAAGGACGAAAAAUGAAGGAAACAUCUCCAUCAGAACGGGACAGUUGAGCACUGAGCAUCUCUUUUCUCAGUCUUUGAAAAGACGUCUUUGGAUGGUGUCGAGGAAAAGCAUGCAAACUUCUUAACAAAAAGGAUGCACGUGCACGUAAAUGCAUACUUGCGAUAUUUUGACAUGCGUGUGAAGCAUGUGCAUAGAUAUAUACUUGUUGAGUUGCUGCGCAUUCGCAUGUGUAGAGGGAUAUGUGUGGUGAACGGUACCGGCUUCCAUACGAUUCUGUGUGUCUUUUUCCAGCGAAAAAUCGCAACUGGAGAUAGCCGCGACAGCCCUCUCCUGCACGGUUCCGAGUGCACUUGGCGCA